GCGAAAGAGCUACUGCUAGUAGAGCUGAGCUGAAAAUGCAGGAAGUAAGAUAGAUUGUUGGGUGAGGUAUGAGAUGUAAUCUGGGAUUGGAUAGUCUGGCAAUGAGAUAGAAGAGGCAGACGAUCAAUGGAUGAAUGGAAUGGAAGAGGAGAAGGGAGGAAGGGAGGCGAGGAGGAGAAAGAAGAAAGAAGAAGUAGCAGAAGAAUGAAGAGGAAAAGAGAAGCGAAGGAGAAGAGGAAGAGGAAGAGGAAGCGACGGAGGGAAGAAGGAAGAAAGCCGGCGAUAAGAGGACAAAACGGGAAGGGGCAGCAAAAACAAGACAGGAAUUCCGGCUGUUUAUUUAUUUUAUUUUAUUUUAUUCUCUUUGAGCAGAAGAUUCUUUCUUCCGGAGCGUGAAUGAACCAGUGGAGGAGAGCGAUUGGGUGCG